GCAAUCAGCAAACAUCCAACUGUAACCAUGGCCUCCGGAGCUCACACCCCAGCUCAACCACAGAAGCAAGGAGAUUAUUGGAAGCUGGUGGCGAACACGAAAGAGCUACUGAAGUCGGGGGAGUUUUCCGACCUCAGACUCAUCUGCCCCGGACGUACCUGGGACGUGCACAAGGCUAUUGUGUGCCCGCAGUCGACCUUCGUUGCGGAAGAAUGCAGGGGAAACGCCAUUAAGGUCUCUGACGGGGAUAUGGUAUACCUGCCCAACAAUACUGACCCUCUGACCAUCGAUGCACUACUGAAUUAUAUGUACACCAGCGGCUGGGAAACCCCGUCGGAGAUGGUGGGGACGGGGCGAAAGGCAGACUUCAGCAUUAGGCUCUUCGUGAGCGCUGGCAAGCUCGGCAUCGACGACCUACGGGCACAAAUAAUGAAGAAAGCCCGCACCUGGCUCUAUGAGAAGGAUCAAGCUCCAGACUACUGUACAGACCUGAUCCGAGCUAUCUACGCUUAUCUGCCCGACUCGGCGCCACUGCGCGAUGCCAUGCUGGCCUCCGUGAUGGAUCACGUACAAGAACUGUACAGGAAGCCGGAUAAACACAAGAGAUUCCACGACAGAAUGAAGGCUUACCUCCCUGUGUUCAUGAAAGAUGUCUACGACGCCAUCCUCGCCAGAUAUGAUGCGAGCAUCGCUGAAAGCACUCUCCGCAAGCACAAACGGUACAAGUGUCCGAAGUGCGCGGCAGCUUUCGUCAUGGACGAGUCGGUCAACGGGCAGGCCUGGUGCGUCAAUUGCGGUGCGAAGCGGAGUGUGGACGCGUGGAAGAACUACCUGGUUAAGGACGCCAUAGAGGGGGUGUAAGUAGAUGCUUUGGCAUGGGCAGGCGUGGUUGUGGGUGGCGGAAGCGGCGCCGGUGACGGCGGCGGCAGACAAAAUCAUCGAGCACUCUGAUGCAUUGGAGCUGCAAAGGUCGGGUAAGUAGUUAAUAUGUGCAUGCUCAUCAAUACUACCUCACUUCAGAGCAAGGAGAGACUUCACUCUUCGCGUCUGGCGGUG